CUUCCUCUCUAUCCCUCCUCACUCGUUCUCUUUGUUCUAGGUUGGCUGGCUCUACAAAGUUAUUGCUAGCUUCGCGUCCAUAUAUCUCCUACAGCACCUCCCUCUGACAUAUCCUGCCUCCCAUAAUGGGCCGACUAACCGCCAUCCUUUCUCCGCACGCAUGAUGCGCUCAGUGUGUACCGGAUCUCCGAACAAAUCACGUCGCAAUAAUUGGAACAACCAGUUCAUUGUUACUUCGAGCGACGACGACGACGAAGAGACAGAGUCAAACCCGGAAGAACUUGAUGACGAAGAGUGGGAAAUCAACGGUAUUCUCGACGAGUCCGAGUCCCAAUACUUGAUAGACUGGGUUGGGAACUACCCCCCAAGUUGGGAGCCCAAGGAAAACGCAAGCGAAACAGCAGUAGAAAUUUGGCAAACCAAAAAGAAGCAGAAGAAAGAUCAACUUGCCUCGAAGACCAACGAAGCGGCCCCCGCGCAAUCGCAUACCCCACCGGCGCACGAACAACGGCUCGAGACUCCAGAACAAGACGCUGCCGUGCAGAAUACACCCGACUCACCAUUAUUUGUGUCUCCGGACCCCGUAUCCCAGUCGUACACCCAGGAGACGAACGGCCUUUCACAAUCAAGCUUUGGAAGACAGGACUAUAAUCAAACCUACGAUAUCAAGAAACCAGCAACUAAGCGUACUCAUCGCGUGUUUGAGUACUACGCUAGAUCACCUAUACCCCCCGAAUAUCUCCUGCCGGGUGAAUCCGAAGAGCCCUUUUUACCGGUCCAGCACACCGCAGCUCCUACAAGGACAUCAACUCCGAAGGCCAGUGGUAGCCUGAACCUGGGUAGUGCGACAACCGAAAACCCUAGAUCAAUUGAACCUAGGCCACCCCCUAUUGCGCAGAGCAGUCCGGGGACAGAAAUUCCGGAGACUCCGUCCAUCCUACUGAACCUUCAGCCCACCGGAGGGUCGCAGACGAACCCUAAUCGAGCGGCAUCUAGUCCCCGGCGCACGGCAGCUUUGCCCACAGAUUCGCCAAACACUCCUUCACGGAACUCAGAGCUCAGUAGAUCCCCGGCUACAGUCCAUCCAAGAACUACGCUGGACGAAACCAAUCCCAGUGUUAGUCCCACUCGCCUUGAAAGAGGCCAUACGGCUUCUACACCGGAGACACUAGUAGCGAGAGAUUCAGUGCCUUCCCUACGUCAAUCUCCUGUUGUACUCGCCACACAACACUCAAUCAACUCCAGGACGCUCACACCCGGUUCCCCGUUCGCCAACCUACGAAAUAUAAUUGGUCGUUCAACGUCCUUGCUAGAGCGUGGAGCUAAUAACACGUCUAGGUUUUCCAUUCCCCGUCUCUCGGAGACAGCUGCCACCAUGAAUGACCAAAGUCAGAAGGGGGCGCUUUCUCUGAAGGAGACACUGGAGAAAUAUAGCCAUCUUGAAGGUGCGACACCGCGCGAAAAGAUGAGAAAUCUAUGGGCUAGCACACGGGAGAAAAGCACGCUCGAGCCCCAGUCAAUCGAACCAAGCGCAACACCAUCCUCGGUUGGAGACAUAGAACCUUCUGCACCGCUGUCAAUACCAGAAACUGUGGCUCCGCUCAGUGUGAGGGUCGACAAGGAUACUUCCCAUCAUCCAGAACCCUUGAAAGUGCCAACUCUAGAGCCUUUGCCCGAACCAGUACUCGAACCACAUGAAGUUCAGACUAUCCAGCCCAGCGCAUUGACGAUAGCCUAUCAGGAACAAGUAACUCCAGGCUCCCUUCAUUUGGGCCCCUCCGAGUUCGCCGUACCACUUCCAAUGGACUCGCGGGUAAAGGACGACUAUGACAAGGUUCUCACAGAGGGGCAACACAUUAUUUAUGCUCUUAUCAAUGAGGAAAGUUUCAACCAGAAUUCGGGCAAUUCAGGCACUGAGAAGAGUGAUGUUGUAUCUUUGGCAGAACGGGUGCUGGAGCGCCUGAGCAACGCAGCGACUCAUCCAGACCUAAAUUUUGGUGAACAUUUGAAAGACGCGGACGAAAAUCUGGAAAACCAGGCUACGUGGGCAGAGUAUUCCAGUGCCAAAUUCCUUGUAUUGAGCUACCUUAUCAAGGCUCAGGCCCCGGGUGAACAUGAGAUGCAUCUAGUGAUAGCAGUGCGAGGAGAGAAAACGCAGCGAGUUGUUGAGCGCUACCUUGAAGGUAAGGGAUUCGCAUAUACUCGCCCACGCGUGGAUAUGGGAUCAGGCACAAAUGUGGAGGUCUCCAUGGCCAAAGGUUCUCUGAGUUUUGGGAUACAAAAUGCGCAAGAUGAGGGCAUUAUGGAAACAUACAAACCGCCGUUAGCAGUCAUUGCCUUUGACUCCUCGUUGGAUGUAAAGAAGCCUUCUAUGGAGCACAUGCGCACGACUUUUGCUCGCAAUGGCCAUCUACUGCCUGUCAUCAGACUUAUUAUCGCCAACUCAAGCGAACACGUGGAGCUGUGCUUCCCAGGGUCUCCAACAUCCCAAAGGCUUGCUUUGGUCUUCAAGUAUAUCAGGCAACUACGUGAUAUCAUCGGGGAGUUGCAGGACGACGCCUUGGGGGUGCAGGAAGACGCAAACGAAAUUUUGGCCUGUCUGCUCUCCGACAAUUUUAACUUGCAUUGGACAUUGCCUCCAGUUGAAGCCCUCCGGCAAAUAAUUGAAGACGAAGGCUUCAUCAAACCAAGCACUCAAAUUUCCAAGCCCGUUAACCCCACGGCCCAAAAACGGGUAUUCAUGUCAGAUACCAGCGAGCCGGCCUCGAAACGGCCGAGGAUGGAAGAGUCUCAAGAAACAACCCAGUUUACGGACAUUUCCGGUGGGCCAUCCCAGACCCUAAAUGGCGGUCUACUCGACAUUGAAAAGAAGGUGGUAGAAAUGAAGAGUUCUCACGCGGCAGAUAUCAAAAAGCUCCAGACCUCACUAGCCGCCGCCCAGACCUGUCUUCAAGAAAGGGAAAAAAUCCUUGAAUCGCUACAACAUCGUUAUGAAACUCGGACUAAAGAUCUCCACAAGCUCCGACAAGAGCGGGACCGUCUGCUUGAGACUAAAACAACAGCUGAGCAGAGACUACAAAGACAGAAAGAAGAAAUGUCACGACUAAAAGAUGAACGAACCGAACUUCGCCAUGACCUCGAAAAAGCUCGCGAAGCCCUAAAAGCUGGCGGCGGCGACAUGGCCGAACUCGAGAAGGCAAGAGAGGAGAUCCGCCGUCUGACAAAGGAGAACGCGAGCCUGGAGCGCAAAUCUGAAUACGAACAUAAGCAGGCCGAAUACACCCGCGAGCAGUACCAAACCGCUUCCAAUGUCGCCGCUCAGUCGGGUACGGAACUACGAACGCUCAAGGAAGAAAACGAGGCCCUAAGGCGCAAGGUCGCUGGCGAAGCGUCCCGUCUACGCGAACUGAAUAUCAAGAGUGAUGAGUCUCGUCACUUGGCACGCAUCGCGGAACUCGAAGCGCUGCUCUCGUCGAGGGAAGACCUUCUCCAUAGGAAGGAAGAUGAACUGCGAGAGAUUCGCAGGAAUCGUCCAUCGACUCGCUCAACAAGCACACAGCCUCGAAGCCCUAAACUCACAGCUGGUAAUAGCCGCCCAACAAGCCCGGGGAUCAACAAUGGCUCCAACUUUCCUGGCCGUGGGAGCGCGCUGAGAUUUAGUUCCGAGAUGUCUCUCUAAACCAACAAGUCGACUGCCCUCAACCCACCCACCCAACACCCACACCCAGGACCCCUCUUGGGCCUCCAGUGUUGACCGUGAAAGUCCGGCUAGACCUAGUAAGGACGUCACUCAUGCGAGCGAACACAGCUCUUAUAUCUAGAAACCGCUCGAUUUCGUCUUCUGCCGUGCUACCUCCCUGCACGCAAAUCUUAUCUUUAUUUCUAUGAUCUAUCUCUUAUGUCAAGCCACGUCUUUUUUUCUUGUCCUUCUGAGUUUCUCAUUUGCGUUUCUGGCGCUGUAUCUAGUCCACUUUACUUGUUUUCGCUGGUCUGUUACAUAGUGGGAAAGACAGAGCCUGGAAUGUGCAAAUACUUGCCCGACUCUAUGACGUUUACUUAGAGGAAUGAAUGCUACCGUACCGAUUUUUCUAC